AUGGCGACUCUCAACCGCAAAUAUGCGGCCCUUCCCGAUCUGGACUCGGCUCCGGAUAUCUACGAAACGCCUGAGCUGACUGACGAUAACUCCACUGUUCCAACCACAACGAAUAAGGCGCCGUCGGAUGACGAAUUCUUUGACAUUGACGAGGAAGAAGACAGCCAAGGAAUCUCAAGGACUAGAUUAUGCAUCACCGAGGCUCGUUCCCGAUUUUUGCCAGCCAACGCCGAUGCGAACGGGUUUGACUUCUCCAGCCGAAUCGACGGAAAACGGAAGUCCUACAAGGCGUCGAGUCGUCGCCAACGCGUACUCGAGGAUCGUACUCAUGCAUUUGGGGAUUACUCGGAUGACGACACCAUUGACGAUGACGACGAGAGCUUGGAGAGAAAGAUAGCCCGGCUGAGCAGGGAGAUUGAGGAAGCUAAAGCUGAAUACGCCCAACGAAACCCCCCCACCAGCGAGCAGCAAAAUGACGGCGAUUCAUCAACUCCAGCCUUGGAAAGCUUAAGCCAAGCUCUUGACGGUAUGGUGAAGUCUAUCAGCCUGGGAACUGCUCGAAAGGUGUCGCAUGCUGCAGCACAUGCCACCACGCCCGUCAACAAACAGGGAGAAAUCCCCGUGGAGAAUGGCGCCACAUAUACCGUUACUUAUGCGCCUACCUAUGAACAGACUCACGCCCUUGCCAAAGCCGCCGACUUUGAUCGUCGGCUUACGAUGCUGGAGAAGUCGCUGGGAAUCACGUCGUCCUCGUUUACAGAACGCGGUACAAACGGACUGUCCAGGGCGAUCCUCCCGACUCUGGACACUCUGGAAAAGCAAAUAUCAACCCUAUCGCAAGCAUCCACUUCGAAUUUGGACGCCAUCAGUCGCCGAGUGCGCUCCUUGGCGUCAGAACAGGAUAAGCUGAACGAUUCUCGGGAGAAGGCCAAAGCAUUGAGGGAGGAGCUUGGUAAAGAAGACCCGCCAUUGGCCGAUGAUUUGGAGCAGGAAUCCAGAAUCAAGGCCCUCUACGGAAUUCUGCCGACAAUCGAAAGCUUGACGCCCAUGCUGCCUCCUCUGCUGGACCGCCUACGAUCACUUCGUGCGAUACACGCAGAUGCAGCGACAGCCAGUCAAACAUUGGAGCGCAUAGAUGCACAACAGAAUGAGAUGGCGUCGGAACUGAAGCAGUGGAAGGAAGGCCUUGAGAAGGUGGAAAUUGCCCUCAAAUCUAGUGAGGCAGCAAUGACGGAAAAUGUCAAGGUCAUGGAAGGGUGGAUUAAAGAUCUCGAAGGACGGAUGAUGAAAUUCUCCUAG